AUGCCGACAGCAGAGAAUGAUUGUUCGAAAAACAGCCGAUUCUUAACAGACGCUAGUGACGGUACCUUCAGUGACGGGAGAAUCAAGGGUCAGAUUGACACCACGGAGUUGGACGAGGCCUCGGGUCUCGCGGCCAGCAGACGACACCCUGGCUUCCUGUACUCCAUCAACGACCACGGCGGCCUGCCGCGACUCUACGUCAUCAGCACCAGCACCGCCCGCGUCGUCGCGGUACUGACGGUAGCGGCGGCUUCGAACGGGGACUGGGAGGAUCUCGCUGUAGGACCAUGUCCUGGGGGAGGUAGUUGCAUCUACAUCGGCGACAUUGGUGAUGCAGGCCACAAACCCAACAACGUGAUUUACCGAGUCAGGGAACCCGAUGACGUCACAAAGGAUCAAAUAGUACCGUUAGAGUCCACGCUGAAAUACACAUGGUCGGAACAAGACGCAGAAACCCUCAUGGUAGACAGAGAAGGAAACGUUUUCCUCAUUUCAAAAGUCCAUAACGGUAAACACCCCAAACUGACGAAAGUGCCCUCUAGCGCAUGGGAUCAGCCAAUCGCUGUGAAUCUGCACUCUAUUCUGACUGUUCCUGGACUCCAUUCAUCAAAGAACGACCCUGUGGCUGGGGACAUAUCACCAUUAGGGACAGAGAUGCUGAUAAAAAUUCGGAAGCAUCUGUUUUACUGGAAUAUGGCAGACGGCAACGUGGAGAGAGCUCUUCAGGGAAAAGGUACGGAAGUGUCCUAUCUCCCGGAAGUACGAGGUGAGGCAGUCGCGUGGGCUGCAGACGGAAGUGGAUACUACACUCUAAGUGAAGGAAUCCAUGAACCAUUGUAUUUUUAUGCGAGAAUGUAGCUGGAAAUACUACAGGUUUCGGUCAAUAGUUGUGUUAAGUAGUCAGGUGUCAAGGCAUUGUGCUAAUAAAACGUUUAGAUCA